CAAGCAAACGCAAACUCGUACUGCUAGCCCGUGUAGUUUGUUAAGCAGCAAGCUUGCAUCCACACAUCGAUCGGCCGACCACCGUGGUCACCGGACACCAAUCCACCAUGCCGUCCAUUGACAAGGCCACCGACAACGGCGAGAUGAAGCAGCGGCAGCCGGAGCAGGAGCUGGUCUGCGUCACGGGGGCCGGGGGCUUCAUCGGCUCCUGGGUCGUGAAGGAGCUCCUCCUCCGCGGCUACCGCGUCAGGGGAACCGCCAGGGACCCCGCUGACCAAAAGAACGCACACCUGCUGGCGAUGGAGGGCGCCGAGGAGAGGCUCACCCUGUGCCGGGCCGACGUUCUUGACUACGACGGCCUCCGCACCGCCUUCCGCGGCUGCCACGGCGUCUUCCACGUCGCCUCGCCAGUCUCCAACGACCCGGACCUCGUGCCGGUCGCCGUGGAGGGGACGAGGAACGUGAUCAGAGCGGCGGCGGACGCGGGCGUGCGGCGCGUGGUGUUCACUUCGUCCUAUGGCGCCGUGCACAUGGACCCCAACCGCAGGCCCGACGCAGUGCUCGACGAGUCGUGCUGGAGCGACUAUGAGUACUGCAAAAACACAGGGAACAUGUACUGCUGCGCCAAGAUGAUGGCGGAGAUCACGGCGACGGAGGAGGCGGCCAAGAGGGGCCUGGAGCUAGCGGUGGUGGUGCCGUCCAUGACCAUGGGCCCCAUGCUGCAGCAGUCGCUCAACUUCAGCAGCAGCCACGUGGCCCGCUACCUCACCGGCGCAAAGCCCACCUACCCGAAUGCCGUCGCCGCCUACACCGACGUCCGUGAUGUCGCCCGCGCGCACGUCUUCGUCUACGAGCACCCGGACGCGCGCGGCCGCUACCUCUGCAUCGGUGCCGUGCUGCACCGCGCGCAUUUCCUUCAGCUCCUCGGCGACCUCUUUCCUCAGUACAACAUAACCGCCAAGUGCGAAGACGACGACAAUUCCAUGGCCAAGCCAUACAAGUUCUCGAACCGGAGGCUGAGGGAGCUCGGAUUAGAGUUCACUCCGUUGAGGGAAAGCUUGUACGAGACAGUGAUGUGCUUGCAGAAAAAGGGCUAUCUGCCUCUCCCCGUUGUUCCCAUAGCACAGAAGCGUGCGUACUUGUAACAGGGCAGGACAGGGGAUAAGCCCAUCUGAUGAAACAACAAGAGCAAAGCCGCAAGAACAAAAGAAGAUACUAUCCGGAUUUUGGAGCUUCAGCAUAGAAUUAAUUGUGUAUUCCUACAAAGCACAGUGUGGCAUGUAAAUAGAAUUAAAACCACAAUAAGUAUUUUGGAACGGAGGGAGUACUACCUCCGUCUAGGUGAAUAAGUCAUUCGCGCAGUUCUAGGUCAUCGAU